UCAGGCAACCAUGACAAACUACUACCAUAGUGUUUUCUUCACAAUAAUUUUUAUCAUUAGCGCUAUUUUAGUUCCACUUUCUCUUGCUUCUGUUAAUUCAAUAGGAAACUUCAACAAUGAUUUCUUCAUCUCAUGGGCUCCUACCCACGUAAACACAUCGGUUGAUGGCAAAAUAAGAAGCUUAAAACUUGAUCAAGAAUCAGGUUCUGGUUUCGAUUCAAACAGCAUGUUCUUGUUCGGGCAGAUAGACAUGCAAAUUAAGCUAAUACCAGGUUCUUCUGCAGGCAGUGUUGUGGCCUAUUACCUUGCAUCUGAUUCACCAAAUCGUGAUGAGAUAGACUUGGAGUUCCUAGGGAAUGUUUCAGGGCAACCUUAUAUUCUUCAAACAAAUAUAUAUUCUCAUGGCUUCGGCGAUAGGGAAGAGAGAAUUUAUCUUUGGUUUGAUCCGUCAGCAGACUUUCAUACGUAUUCUAUUCUUUGGAACAUUUAUCAAAUAGUGAUCAUGGUGGACUGGGUGCCUAUUAGGGUUUUUAGAAACCAUAAAGACAAAGGAAUAUCAUUUCCGAUUUCACAACCAAUGAGCAUCAAAGCAAGCUUAUGGAAUGGUGAAGAUUGGGCAACAAGGGGAGGGAAGGAUAAGAUUAAUUGGUCGAAGGCACCCUUUAUUGCUUCUUUUCGAAACUACAAGAUUGAUGCAUGUGUUUGGAGAGGAAAUCCCAAAAUUUGCAAGCAAGUUAGGUCUACUAAUUGGUGGAACAAAGAGAAAUUUAACUCCUUAAAUUGGAAUCAAAGAAGGUUUUAUAGAUGGGUGAGGAAAUAUCACCUUAUUUAUGACUAUUGCCAAGAUAAUCAAAGGUUUUCAGGCAAUCUUCCUAAGGAGUGUUCCCUUCCCAAAUAUUGAGUUGCAAGAAUUGCAGAGUUCUAUAGACAUAUACCAGUUUUAGGCAUAAUUUUAUGCAUAUCAGGUUCGAAAAACCUAAGUACUGUAAUUUGUUAUCGUAUACCCUAUUAAUCCAUAUAUUUAUCUUAUAAUUUUUUUUAUUUGGCUAAUAAAAUGUUGGUUUAGGAGUAAACUUAAUGCUUGAAAAUCCAAUGUCCAUUAUUAUAUUGUUCAGAUUCUCAUAUUAUCCUAAUUAAUUUUAUCCCAAAGUUUGGCUGUUUA